UGAUGUGCAUCCCAGCAGCGCGUUCUCCCUCCCCUCGAGCGCGUGUGCAUGUGUGACGGACAGAGCGUCACUGGUGCGUCCUUUAAACGGGUCACAACUUUUGAUGGAUUACUCCACUUCUGAGUGCUCAGGUGCGGCUCAGUCCUCUCCGUCCACUCGCUAGUGCGCGUCUCCCAAAAUCUGUCAAGACUCAAACGAGCGAAAGCAAAGUCAACAUGGUCUUAGUGUCGGUCUCGUGGGCGCACCUGUGUGGGCUCGCGUCCGCGGUGCUGCUGUCCACGCUGGUGGUGCUGAGCGCGCUCACGGUGAGUGGAACGAGCGCGGCCGCUACCGGCUGUCCGACGUGCGGUAUGCCUGCGAUGGAGAAGGGCAGUGAGGAGCGUUACCUGAUCGAGAUGGCCAAACAGCAGAUCCUGAGCAAGCUUCACCUGCAGGAGAGGCCGAACAUCACGCAGACGUUACCGCGGGCCGCGCUCAUGACGGCGCUGCGCAAGCUCCACGCGGGCCGCGUCAGACAGGACGGAACGCUGGAGCUGGACAAUAACGUGCCCUUCUCGCGCACGAGCAACCAGGCGUACGAGAUCGUGAGCUUCGCUGAUGUCGAUGCUGAGGUUUCUUCCGGCACCGACACCAGUCUGUCGUUCCAGUUCCUCCAGGAGAAAGAUCACAGCGUCCAGGUGCUGCAGUCGUCUCUGUGGCUUUACGUGCGUCCGGCUGACACGCCUCAUCACGGCAGCCGCGUAAACGCAGAGAUCUACCUCUCGGGGACGGCCGGAGCCAAUCGCACGCUGCUGCUCCAGAGGAGCGUGGAUGUGUCACGAGGCGGAUGGCACACGUUCCCGGUCACCAGCGCCCUGCAGGCCUUUCUUGACGGCGGUCAGCGGAGGCUCAGUCUAGAGGUGCACUGUGAAGACGGCGGUCGAAACCUGUGCAGUCGCGAAGCAUCAGGCGAAUCCUCGCACCAGCCGUUCCUAGUUGCACAGGUGCAGUUGCGUGACGAUGCGAACAAACACUUGCUGAGCAAACGCUCGCUGCGAUGCGGCGACGACGUGAGCGUGUGCUGCAAGAAAGACUUGUACAUCAAGUUCCGUGACUUACAGUGGCAGGACUGGAUCAUAGCGCCUGAGGGCUACCAUAUGAACUACUGCAUGGGACAGUGUCCACAGCAUUUAUCCGGCUCGCCCGGCAUCGCCUCGUCCUUCCACGCCACCGUCUUCAGUCAACUGAAGGCCAACGGCAUCCACACGGCCGUGUCGUCCUGCUGCGUCCCCAUCCAGAGACGACCGCUCUCCAUGGUCUACUUCAACUCGCAGCACACCAUCGUGAAGACCGACGUCCCGGACAUGAUCGUCGAAUCCUGCGGGUGCACGUAAAGAACAAUUACAGGAGAGCACAAACCCUAACAGGACACUUCUUUAUCAGGAAGAUGCGAAAUAUUCUCUAAUCGAGGCUUUCUGUCGAAGCACAGCUGAUUGGUUAUGGGUUUUAUAGAUGUUGAAACGCUCAGGGAAAUCAAAGCCACUGUAAAAGCCACGCUUUAGGCCUGACUCAGCACGGUUACCCAACAUUACCGACAGUAAACAUUUAGCUAUUGCCACACGUCCCAGAAAAGGCCUGGCAGAAGCUAAUGAAAGUGCUGCAUUAAUAUUCCUCUCACAUUAGUUCUCAAAGCUUACUUUAGACUGCAAAUGCAACUAAAUAUGCUUUCCUUUCAAACAGAUACUUAUUAUUCUCAAUGUUAAAAACUUAAAGGAAGUGUAUUAUUUAUGCAAAAGUGGUACAAUAAUCUACAAACGGUACGAUCAUCUACAUUGUACAUGUUACAGGUGUAUUUUUUUUGCCAUGUUUUGUGUUUAUUUGAAGUCUUAUGUUCUCCUUUUGUUUCGUUUGAAGCACUUCCUAGGAAUGCAUAUUCAUAGGGGAUCUGCAACUGCACUUUAUAUGUUAUUUUGCGUAGUUAGUACGAAUCAAGCCAUGCAAAUCCAAUGACGACAAUGAUACUGUAACUUAUGGCACGAUAUUAAAGCCAUUCAUUCUCUAUGAAAGAGUGAAAACUCGACUGAGAUUAAUUUCUAUAAUUUUUUAACAAAGGGAUAUUUUCUUACACGUGUGAUGGUAUGGCAAUCUGUACUGAAUUUUACAUUGUAAUUGUUGAACGUGCAUUUUUUUAAAAUAAACAUUUUAUCUAUUA